AUAAAUAAAGAUAAGAAUAUACAAUGUCCUAGAUAUAAAACACUAUCUCCGGACAUGUUAAACUGAAACAUUGUCAUGCGUUUAAGUGCGUGACUUGGGACACUUACCAAACUAAAGUGCGUACAAAAGUUGGAAUAAACAUAUAGUGAGAUAGUUGCUGUUUGAUCUCCGUCUGCAAAAAUGGCACCAGACGACAAAACAGACGAAACAGAUGCAUUUCCGGUCAACGUGACAAGAAAUGGUCACCACAAACAUCACGAAGGUCUUCCGGACGAUAUGCUAUGUGGAAUUGGUCCGUUUAAGUUUCAGUGCUUACAGUCGUGUGCCCGAAUGGGAUCGUUUGUUGGUGUAUACAGCGUCUGUGGUCUGAUGACGUCAAUUCUAAGCAUGUAUAUAGUAUCCCAGAUUACGACAAUAGAAAAACAGUACGGUCUUAGUAGUUCUCAGUCCGGACUUUUACUUAGUUGUAACGAUUUCGGAUAUCUUCUGACAACAUUAUUAGCUAGUUACUUUGCUAGGAAAGUCCAUAUUCCGAGAAGUUUAUGUGUAUGUGUUAUUUUAUAUGGUGUCGCUGGUAUAGUGUGUUGCCUCCCAUUUUUCGUUUCAAAAGACUUCGUGUUUGAGCAGGCAGCACAGCUGUCGGAGAUAAAUACAAGGACAUUAAAAGAUCAUAAUUCCACUACAAAUAGCUUCUCAAUGUCUAAGAAGUCACCUUUGUGUAAUGUAGCAAAAGAGUCUUCAGACGGAACCGGAUAUGCUGUAAUAAUUUCAAAUAGUUCACAAUGCGAUGUUCAAGGGGCAGAGACAAGUUUUGGUGUUGGAGAACCAAAUAAAUACACCACUGUUGCAAUAACAUUUAUAGCAAUAGGAAUGAUAAUUCAAGGUUUAGCAAAGGCGCCGAGAUAUCCUUUUAUUGCAACAUACGUUGAUGACAAUGUCAACAAAAAGAACACUGCGAUGUAUAUGGGGAUAGUUUCUGGGGUAGGCAUCUUUGGACCAGCAAUCGCAUUUGCAGUGGGUGGCUACUUUAGUAGGCAAUAUGUCACAUUGCAAGACGUGCCGAUUUCACCACGACAUCCAGCAUGGAUAGGAGCAUGGUGGCUCGGUUUUCUUGUGUUUGGUGUUCUAGCUAUUUUUGUCUCGUUUCCGCUAUUAUGUUUUCCAAAGCGCAUGCGCCCACGCCGCCCAGAUCAGAAACCGCAAACAAAACCCACAUCGCUCAAACAAUCAAUGUUCGGUUUCUUCAAGUCUAUUGCGCGGCUUGUUUGUAACACCGUCUAUAUGCCACUUGUUGCCUCCACCUGUGUUACAUUAUUUGCUGUUGCUGGCAUGUUAGCGUUUAGUGCAAAAUAUCUAGAAACUCAAUUCUUUAUUCCAGCAUGGAAAGCAAACGUUUUAUUAGGCGUGAUGAACAUUGUAGCAGCAUCGGCAGGAACGGUAACUGGAGGUUUUGUUGUAACAAAGCGAAAGUUGUCCCCUUUGUCUUGUGUGAAGAUGUUACUAUUGGUAGGUUGUCUAUCACUGGCACAAAAUUGCCUCGGAUUUGUGUUUGGUUGUAGUAAUGCUGAAAUAUCAGGAUUUAAUGCUCCAAGCCGGGUACUUAACAACACAAACAUAACAUGUACGUCAAUGUGUGGAUGUGAUUCGAACACAUACUUCCCUGUAUGUGUAUCCGACAUGAACUAUAUGUCACCUUGCCAUGCCGGAUGUCAACAUCAAGACACCGUGAAUUUUAAAGACUGCGCAUGCGCUGGUGAGAAUGCCAAAGCUAUCCCUGGCCUCUGUGAGACUCCAUGUGGGAUGUUGUAUCCAUAUCUCAUCAAUAAUGUGUUUGGUGCGUUUCUAGCAACACUUGGUAUGAUUCCAAGCUUCAUAGUCAUGCUAAGGAGUGUUAGUGAGCUCGACAAGUCUAUGGCUGUCGGAUUUUCAUCACUAUUAUCAACUUUAUGUGGAUGGUUCGCGGGUCCUUUGGUAUUUGGACGGAUCAUAGAUACAGCAUGUAUAAUAUGGAGUGCUUCUUGCACCGAUCAAGGCGCAUGCGCAUUGUAUGAUAAUGACGAUUAUAGGAUCAAAAAACAUUCAUUUGAAAUCGUGCCAAAAGUCAUUACCAUCUUAUUGCAACUUCUAGUUUUUUUGAAAGCGCGGAGGAAAACAGAUUGGAGUGUUGAUAAACCGGAAGAAGGCCAAGAAAAAGAUGAUGGCAGAUCCAUGAUGGCGGAUGCGGAGGAAAUGGAGACAUUUAGUUAAGACUGGAAACCUUAGCAGCCUAUCUAUGAAGGUGGCAAGCAUUCUGAUCUAUGAAAUAUUUCAACUAAAUGUUGUUGUCAAUGCUGUUGUGAUAAAGUUACAAAUACUCAAAAUAGACUUAUUUUGUAUAAUGAGUAUGAGAAUAUGAGUAUAAUAUAUGACGCUCAUAUUGUGUGAAUAUUAUAGAACUAUUAUAUAACACUUGAGUAUACAAACAAUUUUGAUGGAAUGUUCAUUUUAUUAAAGAUAGCAUUAUAAUGACUUUUACAUGUGUUCAAUGCUUUUAUAGGUGUUUUAUAUGGAAACGCAUUCCAUUUUUAUUCCGACAAUAUAUCACCAUAUCAUUAAUUAUCCAUGACAACUAUUUGUAUAUUGUUUUUUCAGGAACACGUUCAUAAAGAGUAUUAUGUUGUACAAAA